UGCAACAUCUUUCUGCAAAUGCACAUGCUUUAGCAACAGCACAAUCAUCCCCUUGACAGACAUUCCCGGCGAAAGCACUGCCAAGAAAGCAACUUGCAAUGAUUGCAACAGGCAAUUUUGUCUCUCGUAUAAUCUGCCGAUAUGCAAGGAUGCAAAAGAUGCCGAUGUCUUUACCACUUGCUUUCAAAGAGACUCCACCAAAGAUCAGAUGAUUGUCUAUACUUUCAUCCUUGUCACUUGCGGACUGCUCAUCUGGGCCACUAUAAAACCCUAUGCUGAGACCUACCUUGAGAGAUUCCGAAAUCGACACAGCUACAACUCUGUCGCGCAGAAUGGCAACUGA